AUGAGCAGCGAUGAUACAAAUAUCAGACGAAUCUCGUACCUUCUCAAUAUGAUCAACAGAGGCAAGUCUGAACAAUCGUCUGACUCCAGCUUUGAAUCCCUAUCGCAUCCAAAUAUAUCUGACAACUUGGAAACAAUGCUAGCUGUACCACCAGUUGCGGAAGACGAUUACUUAUGUGAGACUACGGUUUCUGAUAAACGUGUUGAGCUUAUGAUUCGCCUGAUAUAUGAGUCUUUGGUUCUGCUGAGCUCGCCAGAUGAGGUUUUCGAUAAGCCAAUUGAUACUGACGUGCACUUGAAGUAUGUGGAGAGGUACUUGGAUGGACCGUUGCCAGAGCCAUACUAUAAGCUUGACUCGUCUCACCUGUGGAUGAUCUACUGGCUUUUGAACGCUCAUGUGGUGUUAAGUGGGAACGACCCUCUGGCAGAAUUGAAACUGCUUGUUUCAGAAAAGAUCAAUUCUUUGAUUAUCGAUGACGGAAGAGGUGGUAUUGCCGGUGGUCCUGGUGGCCAGAUCGGCCAUGCUGCUUCGACAUAUGCCAAUGUUCUACUGCUUGUUCUUAUAGAGGACUACGAUACGCUUGAGAGAAUAAAGCCCAACUUGGCGGAGUGGCUUUUCACCUUAAAACACGACAAUGGCUCUUUUGCAAUGCAUAAGGAUGGCGAGUGUGAUACUCGAUCCACCUACUGUGCUCUUGUCGUUAGCUCUCUCUUGAAUAUUCAAACUGAAGCGCUUUGGGCGGGAACUCGUGAAUGGGUUACCUCGUGCCAGACGUUUGAAGGAGGUUUCGCUGGCGUUCCAGAAACUGAAGCUCAUGGAGGCUACACGUUCUGUGCUGUCGCCAGUUUCUUUUUGCUAGGAAGAAAGAAACACGAUUUUGAUGAAGAGAGUCUUCUUCGAUGGCUUGCAGCUAGGCAAGUAAGCUUGGCUGGUGGCUUUUCAGGCAGAACAAAUAAGCUCGUUGAUGCCUGCUACAGUUUCUGGGUGGGUGGUGCAUUUGCCUUGAUGGAGGCUGAUGUUCAACAACCUGUUUUCAAUAAAGCAUCUCUUCUCACCUACAUCGCCAAUUGUUGCCAGGAUCUUCAACAUGGUGGCCUCAAAGAUAAGCCAGAUACCUCCCCUGACUUUUACCACACAAACUACGCACUUUGUGGCUUGAGCAUGGCAGAGUACUACUACAAAAACGACAAAGGCGAUGCCUUCUCUUUCCUGGUCGAUGAAAGAGUUCAAGGUUCCUCUUACACUAUACCUGUCAGUCCUGUGUUUGGGAUUCCUCUCAGGCAUGUCAAAAAAGCCAAAGACCAUUUCGCAUUAUAG